GAUAACCCAGUACUCUUUGGCCUGACAUCCAUUUAAGAAUCAAUUAGUCCAUGACCAAGAAACUCUUAUCUUAUACAAGUAGAGCAUGUAAAGUAAGACUUCAUAUCUAGCAUUAUUCAUUACAUUUCCAAACACCAGACUCAAACCAUGGAUCCAUAUAUGUUACUUUAUGCCUCCCUCUCAUUCCUGCUCAUAUUCUUUGUUUCCAAAUUGUUCAAAAAAUCAAUGCACUUACCUCCCAGUCCCUUUCCAAAGCUUCCAAUAAUAGGCCACCUUCACCUCAUUAAGGAACCACUUCACAGAACCUUGGACAGCCUCUCUAAAACUAUUGGCCCCGUCUUUUCUCUUCGUUUUGGUUCUUUCCUAGUCAUUGUCGUGUCUUCACCAGCCGCAGUUCAGGAGUGCUUCACCAAAAACGAUGUUGUUUUAGCAGGUCGUCCCCGCCUUACCAUAGGGAAGUACCUCGGCUACAACUGGUCCACCAUGGCAGGUGCCUCCUAUGGUGAUCACUGGAGGAACCUCCGUCGUCUCUCUGCUCUUGAAAUAUUUUCCACAAGUCGGCUGGACUCGUUUCUGUCAAUUCGGCGUGAUGAGGUGAAUCAGCUGCUACACAGAGUGUCUCAAAAAACGCGAUACGAGUUUGGAAAAGUUGUGCUGAAAACCCACUUGAAUGAUCUAUCAUUUAACGUCAUAAUGAGGAUGAUUGCAGGGAAACGAUACUACGGGCAAGAUGUGGAUGAUGAGGAGGAGGCUAAGCACGUGCGAGAUAUUAUUGAGGAGGUUUUGUCUAUGGCCGGAGCUUCAUAUCCUGGUGAUUUCCUGCCAAUCUUGAGAUGGAUUGAUUACAGGAAUUUUCAAACGCGUGCCUUAUAUUUGUUUAAGAAAAUGGAUAAGCUUUUGCAAGGGAUAAUUGAAGAGCAUAGAAAUGGUGAGAGUAGAAACUCCAUGGUUGAUCAUUUGCUUUCUCUUCAGAAAUCACAGCCUAGUUAUUACAGUGAUAUCAUUAUUAAAGGUCUCAUCACGGUUUUGAUAUUUGCUGGAUCGGAUACAUCUGGUGUCACAAUUGAAUGGGCAAUGUCUCUUCUACUGAAUCAUCCACAUGUGUUGAAGAAAGCUAGAGACGAGAUAGAUAUUGUAAUUGGUCAAGACCGCCUUGUUGAAGAGUCGGAUCUAUCUAAGUUGCCGUAUCUCCAUAAUAUCAUCCUGGAGAGUUUCCGGUUAUUCCCAGCUACACCCUUGUUACUGCCACACAAGGCAUCAGCUGACUGCAAGGUUAGUGGCUACGAUAUUCCAGCUGGCACACUUGUUUUGGUUAAUUCCUGGUCAAUUCACAGGGAUCCCAAGGUGUGGGAUGACCCUACAAGCUUUAAACCAGAGAGAUUUGAAGGCAUAGAAGUUGAAACACACAAAUUGAUGCCGUUUGGAAUGGGCAGGAGGUCUUGCCCAGGAAGUGGACUAGCUCAUCGUGUGGUUGGCUUGGUUUUAGCCUCGUUGAUUCAAUGCUUUGAAUGGGAGCGAGUUAGUGAUGAGCUAAUUGAUCUAGCUGAAGGAAAAGGACUUACGAUGCCUAAAGCCGAGCCUCUGGAAGCUAUGUGUAAGACUCGCAACGUCUUGGACACAAUCAACACUUGAGCUACAUGUGUUGUGAAUUGUAACUCCAAAUUAGAAUAUGUCUGCUGCAGCAGAUGUUAAUUUCUUUCUUCAAUCAUUCUAUAAACUUGUUUAUCCAAAAUAUUUUCAACAGAUUCAGGUUUACAUUGUU